AUGGAUUCUACAGAAAAAGAGAUGGUUAUUAAAGCUAUGAGAGAAAAAGCUCGUGAGGAGAUUAGGUUGCGACAACUAAAUGAAACAGUUGAUGAAUUGGUGCCAAGUGAGGAACCCAGGUGGGAUCCAAACUCUACGGGAGGAAUAAGGGCUGUAAAACGAUAUCAGGAAUUGUUGGUGGAAGGAAUUAGAACAGGAAUACCUAAGACUAUGAAUUGGUCUAAGUUGUAUUCGGUCAAGCAGGACAAGAAUGAGUCUCCGUCUGCCUUUUUGGAACGGUUAAAAGACACGGCUCGGAAGUUUACUAAUUUAGAUGUAGAAGAUCAAUCAGGGAAACUUCAAUUGGCAUUAUUGUUUUUAGGGCAAUCACAAGAGGAUAUUAGGAAAAAGUUACAAAAGCUGGAAGGGGAGGAUACUCGGAAUUUGGAUAAAAUGUUGGAGGUAGCAUGGAAGGUAUACAACAACAGGGAAAAAGAAACUGCAAAAAGACAACAAGCUAGUAUUUUGGCUGUAAUGCAACAGACAGGGGCAGGAGGAAAAUUCAUUAGGGGACGAGGUCGGGGAGGAGCUAAUCGCGGACAGAGGGGGAUGAUGAGAGGUCGGGGAGGAUUUGGGUUUGCACCUAACACGGGGAGGUUGGAUCCAAACCAGUGUGCAUUUUGCCGACAAUUGGGGCACUGGAAAAAUGAAUGCCCGGUUAGAGGGGAGAAUAUGGGAGACCUAUUGUCCCGACUUAAUGUGAAAAUAAUAUUUGAAGGGGGAAGGGUGAAAUUGGAGAUACCUGAGGAACAAAUAGCAGGCAUUUUUGUGAUUAAGGAAGUAGAUGCCUCUCCUAUUCCAGAAGAAAUUGAGCAGGCUGUAGUACCCUGGGUGUGGGAGUCGGGGGUCCCCGGGAAAUCUAAAGCUGCCCAGCCAGUAAAAGUGGAACUUAAGGAAGGGGCCCGACCAGUGAGGGUAAAGCAAUACCCCUUGAAGCUUGAGGCAAGGAGGGGAGUAGCCCCGUUAAUUAAACAAUUUUUGGUUCAAGGAAUAUUACAGGAAUGUGAAUCGGAGUAUAAUACUCCAAUUUUUCCAGUGAAAAAGCCUAAUGGUAAAUAUCGUUUGGUACAGGACUUGAGAGCGAUUAAUGAAAUAGUAAAGGACAUACAUCCAGUUGUUGCUAAUCCUUAUACAUUGUUAACAUCUGUAUCGGAGGAGUUUAAAUGGUUCUCUGUGAUUGAUCUUAAAGAUGCUUUCUUCUGCAUCCCACUGGCAGUAGAGAGUAGGAAAUAUUUUGCCUUUGAGUGGGAGAGUCCUGAUUCUGGGAGAAAGAGGCAGCUUACGUGGACCAGACUGCCACAAGGGUUUAAGCUCAGCCCCACUAUUUUUGGAAAUCAACUGGCCAAGGAGCUGGAGGAAUGGAAGAUAACCCAGGUAACAAUACCUCCAUCCUUGUAUGUAGUCCUGCAGUACGUGGACGGCAUUUUUCUGGCCACUAAGGAAAGGGACAUGUGUGUGGAAUUAACAAUUAAAUUACUUAAUAUGCUUGGCCAAGCAGGGUAUAAGGUCUCUAAGGAAAAAGCUCAAUUGAUCAAAAAUAGUGUUAUUUAUCUCGGUUCCAAGCCACUGUAUGAGGCCUUGAAGCAGCAUCGGUUGGAAUGGACGACACAACAAAAGAAGGCCUUCCAGGAAUUGAAGCAGGCACUAAAGGAGGCCCCAGCCCUAGGACUCCCUGACCUGACCAAGGAAUUCCAGUUAUAUGUAAAUGAGAGGCAAAAACUGGCAUUGGGGGUCCUCACCCAGAAGGUGGGAUCAUGGAAGAGGCCAGUAGGAUACUUCUCUAAACAACUGGAUUUGGUAAGUUCCGGGUGGCCCUCGUGUUUACGAGCCGUGGCAGCAACAAUAAUCCUUAUUCAGGAGGCCCGGAAAUUGACUUUGGGGGCAAAAAUGAAAGUGUUUGUUCCCCAUAUGGUCAUGGCUGUUUUGGAGCAAAAGGGGGGUCACUGGCUAUCAUCAAGUCGAAUGUUGCAAUACCAGGCUAUCCUGAGAGAACAGGAUGAUAUUGAAAUAAAGACUACUAACCAUGUUAAUCCAGCAGAGUUUUUACGCAGUGACCAGGAGGCUGGGGGACUGGUGCACGAUUGCGUGGAGGUAAUUGAACAAGUGUAUGCCAGCAGACCCGACCUAAAGGAUGAACCAUUGGAAGACCCUGAAUGGGAACUAUACACUGAUGGAUCCAGUUUUGUUGAGAAUGGGACUCGCUAUGCUGGGUAUGCAGUGGUAACAUCGGAUCAGGUAAUAGAAGCAAAGGCUUUGUUACCUGGAACUUCAGCCCAGAAGGCAGAGGUGAUUGGACUCACCAGAGCUCUGUACUUGAGCAAGGACAAAAGGGUUAAUAUUUGGACAGAUUCUAAAUAUGCCUUUGGUGUGGUUCAUGUGCAUGGGGCGUUAUGGAAAGAAAGGGGGCUUUUGAAUUCACAGGGAACCAAUAUCAAGCACCGGGAAGAAGUGCUACAGCUACUGGAUGCGGUACAUAGUCCCAAAGCAGUUGCAGUAAUGCAUGUUAGAGGACAUCAGAAUGCAGAAGGAGAAGUUUACAGAGGAAAUCGAUUUGCUGAUGUUACAGCACGGCAAGUGGCACGGGAAGUAUGGACUCAAAUGGCAUUGGUACCGGUAAGAACAAAUCCGGCUACCCCGUACCUGAAUCAGGAGCCCAAAUAUUCAAUAGAAGAUGGAAAACUAAUAAACUUGCUAGGGGCACAGAGGAAUCAGCUCGGGUGGUAUGUUACGCCGAUGGGACAAAUAGUGGUACCGACUCGCAUAAUGAAAUUUAUUUUGGAAUCAGAACAUAAUAAAUGCCAUUGGGGAACAGAAGCAUUGGUAAAAUUUUUAAAGAAUGAGAUAAUCUCUAAUCAGAUGUUAACAAUGGCAAAAAGAAUUAAUGCAAUGUGCCUGGUAUGUUUGAAAAAUAAUCCAGUAGUUAGGAGACAAAUACAAAUGGGAAAGUUGCAAAUUGGGCCACAACCAGGAGAUUAUUGGCAAGUUGAUUUUUCUGAAUUGCCUAGGGCACAGGGAUACAGAUACUUGUUAGUGUAUGUAUGUACGUUUUCAGGGUGGCCAGAAGCUUUUCCGUGUAGAACUAAUCAGGCUAAGGAGGUGGUAAAAACCUUGUUAAAAGAAAUAAUACCAAGAUUUGGAGUACCCUUAGGAUUGUCGUCAGAUAGGGGUCCACAUUUUAUAGCCGGGGUAGUGCAGGAAUUAGCACGGAUGUUAGACAUAACCUGGAAUUUGCAUACUCCCUGGAGACCUCAGUCUAGUGGGCAGGUGGAAAGAAUGAAUCAAACUCUGAAAGGACAAAUCAAAAAGAUUUGCCAGGAAGCUAAACUGCACUGGCCUCAGGCUUUGCCUUUGGCCCUACUCAGGAUUCGAAUUAAACCAAGGGAAAAGGUAGGCGUAAGUCCAUAUGAGAUACUAUACGGCAAACCAUAUCAUGCAACUGUAUUAAAAGGGGAGGUACAUGUGAGUGGGGAUCAGGCAAUUGCAGAAUAUGUUAUGUCACUUAAUAAAAUCUUGAAUUCUUUAAGAAAUACGUUACAGUGGAAUAAACCGCUCACGCUGGAGAACUCUGUCCACGACAUCCAGCCUGGGGACCAAGUGUACAUCAAGAAGUGGAUUACGGAUCCGCUACGGGAAUCAUGGAGCAGACCCCACCAGGUGAUGAUGACGACCUACACGGUGGUGAAGGUCCAGGGGAUGGACGCUUGGAUCCAUUACACCAGGGUAAAGAAGGCACCGUUCCAAUGGGAAACCCAGAUAGUGUCUCCAACCCGGAUGAUCUUCCGCGCAAAGCCGCCUUCUUAA